UAGCUCUAUUGAACCCGAGUUAUGUCGGUCGGAAUAUCAAAGUGUAAGUGAAGUGGCCUAGAGACCUACAUUUUGUUUUUAAAACGCAUUAUCGCUUAAAAUAAGCGAUUUUUGAGAUAAAAUAUUUCUUUAAAGGACGCCGGUGAUAUUUUAAAGACUGUGGGGUGGAAUAAUAAAGUCGCCUCGUUCGAUAUUCGUGUAUGAUGCACGAAGACGCUCCAAAAAUGAGUGUAGCGCAGAGUCUGGUCGCCUCUACGAGCCAGGCAAAGAGCGAGAUCGUGACCGAUGUCCAAAUGGAUUACGAUUUGAGUUCUACAGAACCUAAACCACCAGAGGCUAUAGGAAUUGACUUAAAAAUCGCCUAUGUGGAUCCUGCGAAUGGAGCUGCUGGUGAACCAGGCGCAUACUUGCCUGCAGCUGGCACAGUGUGCGAUCAAACGGAUACAAAGGAUGUGAUCGAAGAGCUGUGCCCUGUGUGCGGAGAUAAAGUCAGCGGAUAUCAUUAUGGACUCCUUACAUGCGAGUCCUGUAAGGGAUUUUUCAAGCGGACGGUUCAGAAUAAGAAGGUGUACACGUGCGUUGCUGAACGAGCUUGUCAUAUAGACAAAACGCAGCGAAAGCGCUGCCCAUUCUGUCGCUUCCAAAAGUGCCUCGAUGUCGGGAUGAAAUUGGAAGCUGUAAGAGCGGACCGCAUGCGAGGUGGGCGAAAUAAAUUUGGACCCAUGUACAAACGUGAUCGAGCUCGUAAGUUACAAAUGAUGCGACAGCGACAGAUAGCCGUGCAGACUUUGCGCGGUUCGCUCGGUGAUGGCGGUUUGGUGCUUGGCUUCACAUCGCCAUACGCCGCCGUUCCAGUGAAACAAGAGAUCCAGAUCCCACAAGUGUCAUCGUUGACGUCCUCUCCAGAGUCAUCACCGGGGCCAGCGUUGCUGGCCGCACAGCAACCACAACCCCAGCCGCCGCCGCCGCCUGCCCAUGACAAAUGGGAGGCGCAUUCGCCGCACUCGGCGUCGCCAGACGCUUUUGCGUUUGACGCGCCGGCCACCACAGCUGCUACACCAUCCAGCACAGCCGAGCCCACCAGCACAGAAACCCUCCGACUUUCACCUAUGAUCCGUGAAUUUGUUCAAACUAUCGAUGAUCGCGAGUGGCAGAAUUCGCUUUACGGACUCUUACAGAGCCAAACUUACAAUCAGUGUGAAGUCGAUCUCUUCGAGUUAAUGUGUAAAGUGCUGGACCAAAACUUGUUCUCUCAAGUGGACUGGGCGAGAAACACCGUGUUCUUUAAGUAUCUAAAGGUUGAUGACCAAAUGAAGUUAUUGCAACAUUCGUGGUCGGACAUGUUGGUUUUAGAUCAUCUUCACCAGAGAAUGCACAAUGGUUUGCCUGACGAAACAACACUACACAAUGGACAGAAGUUUGACUUACUCUGUCUCGGCCUCCUUGGGGUGCCUUCCUUAGCUGAUCAUUUCAAUGAGCUCCAACAUAAAUUGGCGGAACUCAAGUUUGACGUGCCGGACUACAUCUGCGUUAAAUUCUUGCUUCUUCUUAAUCCUGAGGUGAGGGGCAUCGUUAACGUGAAGUGCGUCAGAGAUGGUUACCAGACAGUGCAAGCAGCACUUCUUGAUUAUACACUCACCUGUUAUCCUACGAUACAGGAUAAGUUCGGCAAACUAGUGCAAGUAGUGCCCGAAAUACAUGCGCUGCGGCGCGAGGAGAGGAACACCUUUACCAGCGGCAUUGUGCGGGUCAGGCUCCUACACAAACACUUCUCAUGGAAAUGCUACACGCCAAGCGCAAGUGCGGUUUCCUGCCAAGCGACACGAUUGAGCCGCAUUCGCCAAUAUAGAAUCUUGAAGACCCAGUUGAAAAUAAAGGUGGACAGUGACGUUGCGCCAAGCGCUCCCGACACCACGAAUAGUAUAUUUUACAACAAAUAUUACUUAUUAAUUAGCUUUAGUUUUAACUUGGUGUGUGAUUACAUUUAAUAAGUUAUUGAUUGCGCCGAGCGCCGGCCGGCGGUGCCGUGCGUGCCUAGUCCGAAUACAGAUAUAAAACAAAUAUUUAUCUACCUAAUAUCUGUAACAUAAAUAUACAAAAAUAUUAUACACCAGUCUUGUGUAGCUACGGUUAAUUUAUUUAGCAAUCUACAUUAUGUUACUUCAAAAUUGAAUAAGUACAUAUAAACUAGGUUCUCUUUAACUCCGGUGCGUUAGCGAAGGGAAACAUUAUAUUACAAUACAUAUUUUAGGAAAGCGUCUGUGAUUAUAAACGAAGAAAUUUGAUGAAACCGUUUUUAAUGUUAGUUGAGAUGAACAUAUGUAUAAUAAUUUAGUUAUAUUGCUAUAUCUACGCAUGUUGCGGGCUCGUUGACACCCCGAGUUCCACAAUCACGAAGCCCGCUUUUCAUAUUCGUUACAUAUUAUGUAAACGACUUUACUUGUUCGUUUUAAGAGUUUACAAUAAAGCACUUUAUACAUUAUUAUGAAUCGGCUUCACUGAUAUCUUUCUUGAACGAAUCGUUUAUUAGCUUAUCUGUUCCAGAGGUAUGUAGAUCUUAUGUUGGUACGUGUGUGACAAGUUACGAAUGGUGCGCGUAGUUAUUGGCUUCAAGUGUUACAGGUUUUAUCGAAAAUUGAUAGAAAUUUGAAAUCGUCUAUAUAUAUAUAUAUAUAUAUACAUUAUAGUGUAAGAAGAACAACUUUUUCGCGAGUCAUGUUUAAAUUUUACCGUUGUUCCCUAAAAUGUUUAUCUAAAUGUUGUAUUAAAUUUAUCAACAUUAUUUUUAUCGGCCAUACCAGUACAAAUAAAAUUAUAUCCUUGUAAAUAACAUUAGCACAUUUACAAUGUUUUAAUUCUACAUAUAGUGUAAUUAUGUAAAAUAUUUCUCAACAUACGUGCAAGAAGCCUUAAAAAUCAUAGAUUUUUAAAAAAAUAUGGGUACUAGCAUCUACCGGCCGAUGGCCCAGAAAGAUGAUGUAUUUUUAUAAAACAUAUUGUUCUUUAUUAACAUAUAUAAUAUGUUAACUGAAAGUACAUGAUUUCGUAUUUUUCUAACAUAAUUAAAUAUAGGGAGUACGUAACCAAGUGUAAUGAUCAACUUUUGAAGUGGAAAAAUUAUUAUGUAUACAUAAUAUUAAACGUAAUGUUAUCAUUGUAUGUAGUACCUAUAUAACGUUGCAAAUUUAAUUUGAAAACGUUUUUAUUUUUGUAAUUAUUGAUGUCAAUUUGAUGGUGAAAAUGGAGCUCCUUGCAUAAGUUGACAACUUCUGACCACACUAUAGACAAAUUACACAGUUGCAUAAGACACUGUUUUAGAUUUAAUACUUACGAAUUAUAGUUAGGUAUAUAUUUACUCCCGCCCCGUACUGCGCAAAAUAAGCUAUGAACAAAUUAUGGUGUACCUAUCUAUUGUUAUGUAAAUAGUGUGUAACUGUAACUAAGCGUCAAUACAGCUAUUCAUCAAAACAAUACGAAUAAGUGUUAGACAAGAAAAUGAGAGUGGUUGGAGAGUGCACCUUAUGUAUCGAGCACCCAUCGAAAUAUAUGAAACUGAUGAUUUUAGUUAAUUUAAUAUGUGAUUGAUGGUUUGUGUUGAAAGUGAAUGUCUAUAUGUAAUAAAUUACAUUUAAAUACUAUAUCAUAAUAUCAUCACCGCACCAAGUGCGAACGUAUAAUAAGCUACAUCAACGAUUAGUAUAUAUAUAUAUAUUUUUUUACGAAUGGUAUUCUUUUCCAUUUGUUUGGCUUAGGUAAGAGAACUAAUAAUUUUUUUACAAAAAUGUGGCACCGCGUUUUGUCUAUAAUACCGUCCAGUGAACACACUACUAAUUUUAUUAUCAUGACAUUAAAAUUUUAAUGUAUAUAUGUAAUUAUUUUGGAUUUAAUUGCAAUUGUAAACAGUCAUAGGUGGUUGAUUGACAUUUUUCGAUCGAAGCGCUAUAGACGUACCUAAAUAUUUUAUAGGAACAUGGCAGUUGUAUUGACAAUAGAAAGGAAUGUAGUACCUGCUUUUUAAAAUUAACAUAAUGAAGUACACUCAACUCGAACAAAGUUCCUUAAUGUAUUGUUGUGGUACAAUUUUUAAAUAUACAAUAUUAACAAAAGAAUUUAUUUGAACAGCGCAAAUUUAAAUGGUUAUGUACUUUUAAAAUUUUGCUCUAAUUUAUCAAUAUAAUGAAAAUAUUGUGUACUUUUUAAUUAUUGAUGACCAUAUUGAAUAGUUAUAUUUAGAAAACCCCACGUCUUAUCUCAUUAUUUCUAAAAUCAUAAUAAAAUAUAAAUAAAUUCACAUCAAUUUCGGCGGAGCUGCGACAUUGUAAUCUUUGGAUUAAAAGAUAUUGCUGUUAGUCUAGUAUUGUUACUAAUGAUUCCGUUUAACUAACAUUGUAUUUUGAUAUCGUAUCCUUUAUUCCAAAGAUUCCAUCCGUUGCUAAGUUAAAUUUGAAUACGCUCAGUGUAAAAUGUAUGAAGCAAUAUGUCGACCACAAUAGCAAUAAUCCGCAAAGUGCAUGGACUUUUUAGGAGUGGAGGGGGGGAGGGUGGACGUUCCCAGCCCAGAAUUGACUGGUGUCCACCCGACGAUGCAGACAAAGCUUCACAAAAACGUGUCUUAAAGUACAUACGCGCUUUUUCUAAGGGGCUAGGCCCUUCUAUAAUGCUAAAUACGCCAAUGGCAGAAUGUCUCUGAUUACCCCAUUUGGGAUUAUACUCAUGAGCAUAUUUUAUUCUUCGAUUUCAUGUAAACGUCUAAUUAAAAAAGGGAAACUGAAUCGCAGCUUCACGAAUUUAGACGCUUUAUCGAAGGCAAAGCUGAUCUGUGAUGGUAUGACAUAGUUAGGUACAUUAGGCUGUGUGGGUCUUAUUUGUCCGCAUUGUAGGGCACAACGACGACAAAUUGUGACCAUUUUCUUAGAGAUCACCAUUUUCCACUACAGCUUUAAAAUUGACAUUAUUUUAUUAUGGUAGAGUGGUAUUGGAGUUUUUAAAUAAUACCGUGCUAGAUUACGAGAAGACAUUAAGAUACACUAUUACAGAAGCCGUUUACCUCGUCUUAAUUCCUUUUAUUAGUUUUGUGCAUAUUUUUUAAUAAACUGACGUUACCAUUUUAUGCAGUAUUUACGCAUCAGACCAUAAAAUAUUAUGUCACUUAUUGUAGAAUACUUACUAUGCAGUAUUAUUGUUACUAUGCUCCGAUUUUCACUCUUCUAAUAAAAGGAAAAGCGGUAAUUAUCGCCCGAAAAGUUGAGAAAUUAUGACGAUUAUAAAACUAUUGACACAGAACAACAUACUAUGUACUUUAAAUGUACUCAAGAGAUAAGGAAAAAUUAGCGCAUAGAAUUUUGUAUAUGUAUAUAUUAAAUUUCAUGUUUAUCAUCGUUACAUUUUAGUAUUGUUUGCAACAAUUUUUAUAAACCUUAAAACCAUGUAAUACUUAAUAUAAUUAUACCAUGCCUUAUAAAUCUAUUUCUGUAAUAUACUUGUUUGAAUAAUGGUUCGUCAACGGGAUUAGAUCUGUUUAGUGGUUACAGAAUGGUGUCACCGUGUGCCAUUAGUUAGUGUUCGUACAGGGUUACUGCAGUUGAGCUCGCGCUUCACACUGCGCUUCAGCCACCCAACGACCCAACUUGUUUCAGUUUAGCGCCACAUUACAAAUUUUUAUUCAUUUAAACUCAGCUACAAAUUUAGACAAUAAACAAUUUGUUAAGGUGCCAGUGUUCGUAAUUAACUUUUUUCAGUUGGUAGUUCAGAAUGUUAUGUCAUUUGCGUCAGUCUAAUCAACAACCAUUAUAAUAAAAUAUUUAAUUUUUAUAAUAUAAAAACUUAUACAUUAAAUUUAAACCUACUUACUUCUAAGGUUAGGUUGUAAUAUACAGCGUAAAGUUGUAUUUUAGUGUUUGUGUAAGUAAUAUCUAUAUUUAUGAAUUAAAGAUAUAAGUAUUUUUAAUUAAUAAGAUACACAAUGAGUGUUCUAUGUAAAUGUACAUUUUGAGUUCAAUUAGAUUAUAAGAAACGUUGAUAACUAGGUAGUUUUUAACAACUGCGUGAAGUCGGACGGGGGUGUUCGCGCGAGCGGCGAAUGCUACACCUGUAUCCGCCGCUCGCGCUCACGCGCUGUUCCACUCUGUUCGGGCACUGUUAUUUCGCUCAGAUUCCCUCGCGCAAUGUAACUUUACCCUGUCUCUUGCUAUAGGUGAUUACUUGUUGCGGACUACGACAGGGCCCUUACAAUAAUCUGUCAUUAUCAUGCUUCACUCGGCGGUAAUAGUGAUGUUUGGUGAUUGAUAUCGAUCGAUUGAUUUUGGUGGAAAGGUAUUAUAUACGCGUCGCACACAUUCCAAAAUAACGCUAAUCGCAACGCUAAGCGACGCGGGUCGACAAACGCGUUGCAAUUUGUAAGUUAACCACUUUGUUGUUCAUUAACGAUAAGUUAGGUUUAAUCUCAGUCGAUGUUUAACUUUAGUCUGUGUAUUGUAUUCUCUCGGUUAAGUUUAUAUGAGGAUGUGAAUUUGAGCGAAUCAACAGGCCCCAGCCUGAAGGGUUCAUAAUAGCUAUAAAACUAAGUACCUAAGUGAAUAAUUCUGUUGCACCUAACUUUAUUUUGCGAGCUGCGUUAGUUAUAUUUUAUUAAUUGUACAUAUAGGUAGGGCGAGGUAUACAGUUUUCAUCCAAUCUUAGAUGGUUAUUGUUGAAUCUGAAAAUGUGGGGCUGGCAAAUACCAAUGCAAUGUUGCAUUUGCUGUUGAUAAAUUUAAAUAAAUUGUUUAUCUGAUACCAUAGAUAUAUGACUAUUUAUGUGUUACUGUUGUUUAGACGGUGGCGAGGCUGCGCCUUGGGAGUUUUCAUACAAAAUUAUACGUUAUUGUUUCAUGGUCCCUAAUUGCAUGUAAUCACUAAAUCUACCUAGGAGUGAUAGCACGGCAACUCGUUAUAGGAGACAGAGCUCCCGAGGCGUACUGAAUAGAAAGUUCCCGCGCCACCGUGGAACACAUCCCUCGCAUUGCGGUCCUGUGGCCGAUAUAUAUAUUGUAAAUGUAAAACAUAAGUACACCCUAUAAGUUUAGCCACGAAAGGCUUGUUGUGAGGCUGCUUCUAUUUUAACUGAAUCUGAGCAGAGUUUUACUACGGUCAGUGGAAGUCUUUUAUCACAAGUAUACGCUACAUUACUGUUAACAUCACAAAAUAACAAGUAUAAUUAUUUGUUAAGUUAAAAGAAUUCUCAAGGGUUUUCUAAUAUAUUUACAUGCAUUACAUAAAGCAUAAUAAAUUUGUAUGUUUCAGUUAGAGUGAAGCAACUGGAAUUAUUUACCGCAGCCACAUUAGUACCGUGUCAUUACCUCACAUUAUGUCUUUUAUAAUACAUUAUGAAAUAGUUAUUGUUGUCGCUAAAUCUUAUUUUUAUUUUCAAUAUUGUUUAGAGGUGUCUUUAAGUUUAAAGCUGUAAACACGAUGAUCUAUUUUUAGAUGGCAACAUAGAUUUGGCGGUGUGAAAUGUCGCCCGUGCGUCGUCAGUGUAUUUAUUUUCAUGUUUGAUUAAUAAAUAUUGUGAGACGCACGAACGCGCCGGCGGCGGGGGUGAGUGCUCUCGCCGCUGCUCGUUAUUGUAGAAAUAAAUGAUAUUUUCGUUUAAAUAA